AUGGCUAACCUAUGGCAAACUGUGAUGGCGAUUCACCGCCCAAUGCCGAAGACUAUGGCGAUGGUUGGCAUUCAAGCUUUUGACCUAAUACACUUCAUCAGAGAAAGAGAAGGAAGAUUCGAUGAAUUCAAUCAGACGGUCAAUUGUUCACUUCUCGAGAUACGGCUUGGAAGAACUCUACAGAAGUUGGAUUCACUUUUAUUGGGUAGGAUGUUGAACACAAUAGGGGAGGAUGUUGAACACAACCCUAAGGCUGUUGAAGUUGAUAAAUCUGAUAUUUCUGGUCUUACAUGGAUGAAAGUUCCAUGGACUAAUCAGCUUGCUGUUAGAAUCAAAGAUGGUUUGAAGUACAAGUUCACUGGUUUUCGUGAUCAGAUGAGUGUGCAAAAGAUGAUGAACAUUGGUUUGAACAUGGAUGAGAACACAACAGGGGAGGAUGUUGAACACAAACCUAAGGUAUCCCUACAUGUUGAUGAUGCUGCUGUUCUUUGUGAGUAUAAGAUAUACCAAACAUGGAUGGAUAUAUCUAAAGAGUAUACACACUUCCCUUACAUAACCAAUUGGAAACUAAAUUCUGCCAAAGUGAAUACAUGGCCACAAGACCUUCAUAGGAAUGCUGAUGACCAAAGAAAAUGCUUCUCUGAUUCGAGACAUGUUUCAGUGGAGGAUAAAACAAGCAAUGAUGAUGUUGGUGUUACUGUGGUUAAACCUAAUGAAACUAUGCCAGAGUAUGAGGGUUUUACCAUAGAUGAAAAGGAACUGGAAAAUGCUGAAGGAGGUGGUGGAAUAGAUUUUGACAAGCUUGAAUUGCCUAGUUCCCCAUCGGUUUCCACAUGUGCUAGUAUUAGAAGGAAUGCAUCCCUUCAGAUUUGUUUUUUUACCUUUUAUCACAUGUUUGAUAUGUUUCAGGCCUUGAUCAAUGUCUUACACAAGGACUAUACAAAUCCUAUGCUUCCUGUUGCAUCUUCAACAAUAGAUGCUACUGGCAAUAUAGAUACUGUGACUAACUUCAUAGAUUUAGAGUCCUUGAGUGGUGUUAUUAAGGAAGAUUGGAGACAAGUCAGGCACACAUUUAAAAAAAUCAGCACAUAUCUUGUUUACAGUGAGGCACACAUUAGCUUGUGGCAUUGUCGGGUGAGGGCAAGGUGGGAUAGCCCAUAUCAGGGCGUUGUCCAUAUGGUGGCUGUGAGGAUGGGACCGACCAAGAAUUGCCUUGGAGAUAUUGUUGUUGUUGGAAGUUGUUCCAAGGAGAAGGAGGUCCAUGAGUUUGAGAAAACGACCUCUGAUGUUGGUAUUGAUGUUGUGAGCCACGACCCCACCCAUUGUUGCCUCGUACUUUACCACAUCCAUGUCCCCAGUUGUGGAAGUUGCCACGGCCCCUGCCACUAUCAGACCAAGGUUGAGGAAAAGGUGUGGUUCCCAGAUUAG